AUGGCAUCUGUGCCGCCUCCUCCCCCCCUCCUCCAGGAUGGGGUGCUGCCCCUCCACCAUUACCGAUACAAGCCGCCCGCCGAUCCCAACGUUGCGAAGUUUGCGCAGAAGAAGCAUGAGUGGCUGCGAUCCCAGCGCAAUCGCUUUGGCGAGAAGCGCAAGGCAGGGUUCGUGGAGACACAGAAAGCGGACAUGCCUCCAGAACAUCUGCGAAAGAUCGUGAAGGAUAUCGGUGAUGUUUCACAAAAGAAGUUCAGCACUGAAAAGCGGAGCUAUCUUGGCUCGUUGAAGUUCAUGCCGCACGCCGUCUUCAAGCUUCUAGAAAACAUGCCCAUGCCAUGGGAGGCAUCUAGAGAAGUCAAGGUCCUUUAUCACGUUAAUGGGUGCCUUACUUUGGUCAAUGAGAUUCCUCGAGUUAUUGAGCCGGUUUUCCACGCUCAGUGGGCCACCAUGUGGACAGUUAUGCGUCGUGAAAAGAGUGAUCGCCGACAUUUCAAGCGCAUGCGCUUCCCUCCCUUUGACGACGAAGAACCGCCUCUUUCAUAUUCCGAAAACAUCGAAGGCGUCGAGCCCUUGGAGCCCAUCCAGGAGGAUCUUGAUGAAGACGACGAUGGACCUGUAUACGAAUGGUUCUAUGAAAAUCGACCCCUUCUUGAUACCCCCCAUGUCAACGGACCGAGUUACAAAACAUGGAACCUGUCGCUACCUCAAAUGGCGACGCUACACCGACUGAGCCAUCAGCUUCUGAGUGAUGUGGUCGACAAGAACUAUUUCCACAUGUUCGAUCUGGACAGUUUCUUCACAGCAAAGGCCCUUAACGUCGCUAUUCCUGGUGGUCCACGCUUUGAGCCCCUUUACAAGGAUAUUGAUCCCAACGAUGAGGAUUUCAGCGAGUUCAACGCUAUCGACCGCAUUAUUUUCCGCACACCGAUUCGGACCGAGUACCGGGUCAGCUUCCCUCACCUUUACAACACACUUCCCCGAAGCGUCAAGAUCGCCUGGUACUCUCAUCCUCAGGUAGUGUACAUUCCAACCAAUGACCCGAACCUUCCCGCGUUUUACUUCGACCCUGUCAUCAACCCGAUUUCCUCGCGCUCGGUAGCCCCAAAGAACAUUACCGUGAGCCACGAGGACGAGAUCUUUGGCGACGAAAAUGAAGAUGACUUCGAGCUCCCCGAUGAUGUGGUUCCGUUUUUGGAUAAUGAGGAGCUCUACACCGAGGAAACAGCGUCUGCUAUCGCCUUAUGGUGGGCUCCUCAUCCCUUCAACAAGCGCUCCGGAAAGAUGGUUCGUGCUCAGGAUGUGCCCCUUGUGAAGCAGUGGUAUCUUGAGCACUGCCCACAGGGCCAACCGGUCAAGGUCCGCGUGUCCUACCAGAAGCUUCUGAAGUCCUACGUGCUCAACGAAUUGCACCGGAGCAAGAAGAAGAAGGAGAAGAGGCAGCACCUCAUGAAGAACCUCAAAUCUACAAAGUUCUUCCAGCAAACCACCAUCGAUUGGGUCGAGGCCGGUCUGCAAGUUUGCCGCCAGGGUUACAACAUGCUCAAUCUUCUGAUCCACCGCAAGAACCUGACAUAUUUGCACCUGGAUUACAACUUCAACUUGAAGCCAGUCAAGACCCUGACUACCAAGGAGCGCAAGAAGUCUCGCUUUGGAAAUGCCUUCCACUUGAUGCGAGAAAUCCUCCGAUUGACAAAACUGAUUGUCGACGCUCAGGUCCAGUACCGGCUGGGCAACGUCGAUGCCUUCCAGCUCGCGGAUGGUAUCAUGUAUGCUUUCAACCAUGUGGGCCAAUUGACCGGUAUGUACCGUUACAAGUACAAGCUUAUGCACCAGAUUCGUACCUGCAAGGAUCUCAAGCAUUUGAUCUACUACCGUUUCAACUCGGGCCCCGUCGGCAAGGGCCCUGGUUGUGGUUUCUGGGCUCCAGCCUGGCGUGUUUGGCUGUUCUUCAUGCGUGGUAUCAUCCCACUCCUCGAGAGAUGGCUCGGAAACCUGCUCUCUCGUCAGUUCGAGGGCCGUCACAGCAAGGGAGUCGCCAAGACUGUCACUAAGCAACGUGUGGAGUCUCACUUCGAUCUGGAGCUUCGUGCGUCGGUCAUGGCCGAUCUGAUGGAUAUGAUGCCCGAGGGAAUCAAGCAGAACAAGAUCAACAUUGUUCUGCAGCAUCUGUCUGAGGCUUGGCGUUGCUGGAAGAGUAACAUCCCUUGGAAGGUCCCUGGUCUGCCGGCUGCCAUCGAGAACGUCAUCCUUCGCUACGUAAAGAGCAAGGCCGAUUGGUGGAUCUCUGUGGCUCAUUACAAUCGUGAGCGAAUUCGUCGUGGUGCGACUGUCGAUAAGACAGUGGCGAAGAAGAACCUGGGUCGCCUGACUCGUCUCUGGCUAAAGUCCGAACAAGAGCGUCAGCACAACUACCUGAAGGACGGCCCUUAUGUGUCCUCAGAGGAAGGAGUUGCUAUCUACUCCACCAUGGUCCACUGGCUAGAGGCCAGAAAGUACUCCCCAAUUCCUUUCCCAAGCUCCUCCUACAAGCAUGACACUAAAAUUCUCAUCCUGGCCCUGGAGCGCCUGCGCGAAUCUUACUCUGUGAAGGGCCGGCUGAACCAGAGUCAACGUGAGGAGCUUGCCUUGAUUGAGCAGGCUUAUGAUUCCCCAGGAACUACAUUGGCGCGAAUCAAGCGAUUCUUCCUCACGCAGCGAGCUUUCAAGGAAGUUGGUAUCGACAUGAACGAUAACUACAACACCAUCAACCCCGUCUAUGACAUCGAGCCUAUCGAGAAAAUCACAGACGCCUACCUUGAUCAAUAUUUGUGGUACCAGGCCGAACAGCGCCACUUGUUCCCGUCUUGGAUCAAGCCCUCCGACUCUGAAGUGCCUCCUCUCUUGACGUACAAGUGGGCCCAAGGCAUCAACAAUCUGUCAAAUGUCUGGGAAACCUCUGAAGGCGAAACCAACGUCAUGAUCGAGACCGAGCUGUCGAAGGUUUAUGAGAAGGUCGAUCUGACCAUGCUGAACCGACUGCUCCGACUGAUCAUGGACCACAACUUGGCGGAUUACAUUACGUCCAAGAACAAUGUCCAGCUCAGCUAUAAGGAUAUGAAUCACACAAACGCCUACGGUUUGAUCCGCGGUUUGCAAUUCUCCGGCUUCGUGUUCCAGUUCUAUGGCCUCAUGAUUGACCUGAUGCUCCUUGGCUUGAACCGAGCUAGUGAGAUGGCUGGCCCACCACAGAGUCCCAAUGAUUUCUUGCAGUUCCGAGACAAAGCUACUGAGACGCGACACCCGAUCCGUCUGUACACUCGCUAUGUCGAUAAAAUCUGGGUUUUCUACCGCUUCACUGCUGACGAAUCUCGCGACUUGAUUCAGCGUUUCUUGACCGAGAACCCUGACCCCAACUUUGAGAAUGUUAUUGGCUACAAGAAUAAGAAGUGCUGGCCGCGGGAUUGCCGUAUCCGCUUGAUGCGCCACGACGUCAACCUUGGCCGUGCCGUCUUCUGGGACAUGAAAAACCGACUUCCCAGAUCCAUCACAACCGUUGACUGGGACGACACUUUCGUCAGUGUGUACAGCAAGGAUAACCCCAAUUUGCUUUUCUCCAUGAAUGGUUUUGAAGUCCGAAUUCUUCCCAAGAUACGCAACAAGAACGAGGAGUUUUCGGUUAAGGACAGUGUGUGGUCGCUGGUGGAUAACACCACUAAAGAGCGAACUGCCCAUGCGUUCCUGCAGGUGACCGAGGAGGAUAUUGCCAAGUUCAAUAACCGCAUUCGGCAAAUCCUCAUGUCGUCUGGAUCUACGACUUUCACCAAGAUCGCGAACAAGUGGAACACCGCUCUCAUUGCUCUCUUCACCUACUACCGUGAAGCUGCCGUGUCCACAGUCAACCUUCUUGACACCAUUGUUAAGUGUGAAACUAAGAUUCAGACCCGUGUCAAGAUUGGCCUGAACUCCAAGAUGCCUUCCCGUUUCCCUCCAGCUGUGUUCUACACACCCAAGGAACUCGGAGGUCUUGGUAUGAUCUCCGGAUCCCACAUCCUUAUCCCCACCAGCGACAAGCGCUGGUCUAAGCAAACUGACACCGGUAUCACACAUUUCAGAGCCGGCAUGUCUCAUGACGAGGAAACCCUGAUCCCCAACAUCUUCCGUUACAUCAUUCCCUGGGAAGCUGAAUUCAUUGACUCCCAGCGUGUGUGGAUGGAAUAUUCUCAAAAGCGAAUGGAGGCCCAGCAACAGAACCGUCGGUUGACUCUGGAGGAUCUCGAGGAUAGCUGGGACCGUGGUCUCCCGCGUAUCAACACACUUUUCCAGAAGGACCGCAGUACUCUUAGCUUCGACAAGGGGUUCCGACUGCGGGCUGAGUUUAAGCAGUAUCAGCUGAUGAAGAGCAACCCCUUCUGGUGGACUAGUCAGAGACAUGAUGGUAAGCUCUGGAACCUGAACGCCUACCGUACCGAUGUCAUCCAAGCCCUUGGUGGUGUUGAAACCAUUCUUGAGCACACCCUUUUCAAGGCCACGGCAUUCCCGUCCUGGGAGGGUCUCUUCUGGGAAAAGGCCUCAGGUUUCGAAGAGAGCAUGAAGUUCAAGAAACUCACGAACGCCCAGCGAUCCGGUUUGAACCAGAUCCCUAAUCGUCGCUUCACCCUCUGGUGGUCUCCCACCAUCAACCGUGCAAACGUCUACGUUGGUUUCCAGGUUCAGCUGGAUCUCACUGGUAUCUUCUUGCACGGCAAGAUUCCUACCUUGAAGAUCUCAUUGAUACAAAUCUUCCGUGCUCACUUGUGGCAGAAGAUUCACGAGUCUGUCGUGAUGGACUUGUGCCAGGUAUUCGAUCAGGAGCUCGAGCAGCUAGGUAUCGAGGCUGUUCAGAAGGAGACCAUUCAUCCUCGUAAAUCAUACAAGAUGAACAGCUCUUGUGCUGACAUUCUUCUCUUUGCCACGAAUAAAUGGAACGUGACUCGACCAUCCCUGCUCUAUGAUACCAAGGAUAUUUAUGAGUCUACGACGACAAGCAAAUUCUGGCUUGAUGUGCAGCUUCGAUAUGGUGAUUAUGAUUCUCACGAUAUUGAACGUUAUAUCCGCUCCAAAUACCUCGACUACACGACUGACAGUGGCUCUACCUACCCCACGGCCACAGGUCUUACGAUUGGAAUCGACCUUGCAUACAAUCUGUACUCGGCUUAUGGACAAUACUUCCCCGGCCUCAAGUCUCUCGUCCAGCAAGCUAUGGCAAAGAUCAUGAAGGUCAACCCUGCCCUGUACGUUUUGCGUGAGCGUAUUCGCAAGGGUCUGCAGCUGUAUGCGUCGGAGAGCAACCAGGAGUUCCUGAACUCUCAAAACUACUCUGAGCUUUUUAGCCCGCAAGUCCAGCUUUUCAUCGAUGACACCAAUGUGUACCGAGUCACCAUUCACAAGACCUUUGAAGGUAACUUGACGACAAAGCCCAUCAACGGUGCCAUCUUCAUCUUCAACCCUCGCACUGGACAACUGUUCUUGAAGAUCAUCCACACAAGUGUCUGGGCUGGCCAGAAGCGUCUGGGUCAGUUGGCCAAGUGGAAGACCGCUGAAGAAGUUGCGGCUUUGAUCCGUUCCCUUCCCGUGGAAGAACAGCCGAAGCAGCUUAUCGUCACUCGAAAGGGUCUGCUCGAUCCUCUCGAGGUCCAUCUGCUGGACUUCCCGAACAUCUCCAUCCGUGCAUCGGAGCUUCAACUGCCGUUCCAGGCUGCUAUGAAGGUCGAGAAGAUUGCGGAUAUGAUUCUUAAAGCGACUGGGCCUCGGAUGGUGCUGUUCAACUUAUAUGAUGAAUGGCUCAAAUCUAUCUCUCCAUACACCGCCUUCUCUCGACUUAUCCUUAUCCUGCGUGCCCUGCAUGUCAACAUUGACAAGGCCAAGAUCAUUCUCCGGCCGGACAAGACAGUUUUCACGCAGGAGCAUCACGUGUGGCCCUCGCUCUCUGAUGAGGAUUGGAUCAAGGUCGAAGUGCAGCUGCGCGAUCUGAUCUUGAACGACUACGGCAAGAAGAACAAUGUCAACGUGCAGAGUUUGACCAGCAGUGAGGUGCGAGAUAUCAUCCUCGGUAUGGAAAUCAGUGCGCCGUCUUUGCAGCGCCAGCAGGCUGCCGAGAUUGAGAAGCAGCAGGAGGAAGCUAAGCAACUCACUGCUGUGACGACCAAGACCCAGAACGCGCGGGGAGAAGAUAUCAUUGUGACCACCACCUCUCAGUACGAACAACAAUCUUUCGCAUCCAAGACCGAAUGGCGUACUCGUGCCAUCGCUACGUCCAACCUGCGGACCCGAUCGAACAACAUCUACGUCUCGUCUGAGGACAUUCGCGAGGAUAAUUACACAUACGUGAUGCCGAAGAACAUCCUCAAGCGAUUCAUCACCAUUGCCGAUCUGCGGGUCCAAGUUACCGGCUACAUCUACGGUACCUCCCCGCCCGACAACGAGCAGGUGAAGGAGAUCAAGACCAUUGUCAUGGUGCCCCAGGUGGGCAACACGCGCGAUGUUCAGCUGCCUCAUGAACUACCCCAGCACGACUAUCUGAACAAGCUGGAGCCCCUGGGUCUCAUCCACACUGUCUCUGGAAGCGAACCUCCCUAUAUGUCCGCGGCGGACGUAACCCAGCAUGCCCGCCUCAUGAAUGCACACCCUUCUUGGGAUAAGAAGACCGUUACCAUGACGGUUUCUUUCACUCCCGGAUCGGUCUCCCUGUCCGCGUGGAGCCUCACGCCUGAGGGAUACAAAUGGGGUGCCGAGAACAAGGACAUGUCCUCGGAUCAGCCGCAGGGCUUCUCCACCAGCAUGGGUGAGAAAUGCCAGCUGUUGCUCAGCGACCGUGUCCGUGGUUAUUUCCUGGUGCCAGAUGACAAUCUCUGGAACUACAGCUUUAUGGGCAGCUCCUUUGGUAGCGUUGAGAAGCGGCCCGUGUACGUGAAGCUCGAUACCCCGCUACGGUUCUACGAUGACCAGCAUCGUCCCUUGCACUUCCAGAACUUUGCCGAGCUGGAGGAUAUCUGGGUUGACCGAACCGAUAACUUUGAGUGA